AGUUGCAAGAAGAAAGAAAAAGGAGGAGACGUGAUCGGGGUUGUUGAAAUUAUUUGUAUGUUCAACAAUACGUAUCUGUCCGCACUGCGACCUUUAUUUUGUGUAUAGACUCGUGUGUGGUAUUCUGUGUUCGUCAACCGCCUGGCACUCAGCUGAAGCCCUGACAGCAUAGUGAGACGUGCGGGACAAACACUGACCGGGGGAUCUGACUAGGCCAUGGCCAACAGGGGAGGAGCUACGAGACCCAACGGGUCUAACGCUGGUAACAAGAUCUGCCAGUUCAAGCUGGUACUUCUGGGGGAGUCGGCAGUGGGCAAGUCCAGCCUGGUGCUCCGCUUCGUCAAGGGACAGUUCCACGAGUUCCAGGAGAGCACCAUUGGAGCGGCCUUCCUGACCCAGACAGUGUGUCUAGACGACACGACGGUGAAGUUUGAGAUCUGGGACACGGCAGGACAGGAGCGCUACCACAGCCUGGCGCCCAUGUAUUACAGAGGGGCACAGGCCGCCAUCGUGGUCUACGACAUCACAAAUGAGGAGUCAUUUGCGCGGGCCAGGAACUGGGUGAAGGAGCUGCAGAGACAAGCCAGCCCCAACAUUGUCAUCGCCCUGUCUGGCAACAAGGCUGACCUCGCCAGCAAGAGAGCCGUGGACUUCCAGGAUGCCCAGUCAUAUGCAGACGACAACAGCUUACUCUUCAUGGAGACGUCGGCCAAGACGUCUAUGAAUGUGAACGAGAUAUUCAUGGCUAUUGCAAAAAGAUUGCCCAAGAGCGAGCCUGCGGCCACAGGAGCUAACAGCGGGCGGAACAGGGGCGUCGACCUAACGGAAGCCGCCCAGCCAACUAAGGCCCCCUGCUGCAGUACUUAAAGCGAAAUCCCCCUCCCCACACUGCAGUAACUAAUGUGAUGACCCCCGCCCACCCAAAACUCUCUGAUCUGCAGCAAUGAAAAAAGAUGCCCUUUGAACCCCCUUCCAUUCUACCCUUCUCCUCCUCUCUGCAGUAACUAAUGCAAAGCAACGCCCUCAUCUAUAGUUCUCUCCACGACGCCCUGCCCCUCCCUCUCCCCUACUGGUUCUGCUGUUACUAAUUGAGACACCUCACACCUUCCUCCUUCUUUUCUGAAAUUAGUGCCCGCCUUCCCUACCUCAUUCUUCCUGACUAUUGGCAAGCAGCAGGACUAAGGGACGGGGCAACUCUGAUGGUGGUCUCAUCUCCUGGGUAUAGCUACAGACUAUCGCUCUGUGUUUCUAACACAAUCUCUGUCCUUUCUGUUUGUUUUUUUGUUUUGUUUAUUUUUUUUUAAUAGUGGGAAUUAUGGAUGCAUGUAUCACUACAUGGCCUAACUUGAUGAUGAGAAAAUAUCUGUGUUAACUUUAUUCAGCGGCACUAAAACUUAUAUUUGAGAGGGAGAGGGUCUCCAAAGGUUUGCGAGGGCUAAUUCUAAAGAAAAGACUGUUUAGCAGUGGUCUUGGAUUCCUUCUAGUUUCUCUCUGUUGUUCUCUGUCUACCCUUAUCUGUCUCUUGAGUAAUGUAUUCAUAUGCUUUGCCCACUAAACCUUUAGUAGCGCUAGUAUAGAGUUUCUCCCUUCUGUCUCUCUUUGUCCCAUCUCAGGGCCUUGCCUGCUUCUAAUGCUCAGCCCCAAAUCAAACCCUAACCCCUUAGGUACUUCAUGUAGGUCUGAGAGGGUUUGAGAUCUAAACAAUCGGGUGAACAUUCCACCUAGCCUAUCGGAGGGCAAGGUGGAGCGAUCCCCAUAAUGCUCACACCUAUUCAAUUCUCUCAGGUCUACCUAAGGGGUUAGAGGGCAAUUUGGGAUUGGGCAUAGCUGUCCUAGUGGCAUCGUGCAAUGGUUCACAGUAUUGGCUCUGUGAUUUCUUCAGUGUCUGCAAGGACCUUCACACUGCAAAGCAACCUGCCUCCACACCCACCCCAACCCUACCUGCUAUCACUUCCUUACCCUUCCCAACCAUGCCUGCUAUCACCACCUUACUCCCCCCAUCCCUACCCGCUAUCACCACCUUACCCCCACCCAACCCUACCCGCUAUCACCACCUUACCCCCACCAACCCUACCUGCUAUCACCACCUUACUCCCCCAACCCUACCUGCUAUCACCACCUUACUCCCCCAACCCUACCUGCUAUCACCCUCUUACCCCCACCCAACCCUACCUGCUAUCACCCUCUUACCCCCACCAACCCUACCUGCUAUCACCCUCUUACCCCCACCCAACCCUACCUGCUAUCACCCUCUUACCCCCACCCAACCCUACCUGCUAUCACCCUCUUACCCCCAACAACCCUACCUGCUAUCACCCUCUUACCCCCACCAACCAUACCUGCUAUCACCACAGUAUGGCAUCGGGCCUCUGAGACUUGUUCACCUUACCCCCCGCCCCCUGAAUGCCAAGUCUCCAGACCCCUUUCCAUCCUGACCUGAUGGUCUCUGUCCGAGGGAGGGGUUACAUCCAGAUCCAUUCUGGUUACAAUGUCAGCUGAUGUUCAUUACGUCUCAACAUGUAAUGGAUGAGAUUAGGUCAUGGUUCAGGUUAUGAGGCCUGUCCAGGUGUAAACAAGAUGCUGGCUAGAAGGCAGCUGUUUUCCACUUGGAGAGACAGGGGAACAUGGUGAGGUGACCUCUAGGUGUUGAGAGAGGGGAACAUGGUGAGGUGACCUCUUUAGGUGUUGAGAGAGGGGAACAUGGUGAGGUGACCUCUGUAGGUGUUGAGAGAGGGGACCAUGGUGAGGUGACCUCUGUAGGUGUUGCGAGAGGGGACCAUGGUGAGGUGACCUCUGUAGGUGUUGAGAGGGGAGGAACAUGGUGAGGUGACCUCUGUAGGUGUUGAGAGGGGGGGGACAUGGUGAGGUGACCUCUGUAGGUGUUGAGAGAGGGGAACAUGGUGAGGUGACCUCUAGGUGUUGAGAGCUUCUUCAUUAGGAGCCAGCUGACACUGUGGCCCUGGGUGUGUCCCAAAUGUCACCAUAUUCCCCAAAUCGUGCACUGCUUUUGACUAAAGCCCUGGUCAAAAGUAGUGCACUAUAUAGGGAAUAGGGUGCCAAUCAGGACGUCUCUCUUUGUCAUGGUCACUAUUCCUCCCCUGUUCUUUAGGAAGUGCUGUGGGUGUGGGGUUGUGUGUACACAGAGGGAGACUGGACUGUUUGGUGAUAAAACAUCCUCAGAGACAACAAACACAGUCAGACGCAGGUUUAUUUCUCUAAACCCUUCCAGAUCUAAGUAACACACACAAGCUAAAACACGGCUCGCUCACACAUGUACACUUUUGUGUUAUUCUUAAACCCUGGACCUGUUACACACACACACACACACACACACACACAACCCGUCCUGAUCAAUAACUCUGUCCAGGUCUCUUCCUCAUGCCUUGCACUAAUGAUUCUCAUGAAUAUAUCUUGUCAUAAUUACAGCCAGUGUGAUAUAAAUAUAUAUAUAUAAUAUACUGUACAUAGGGUAUUGCAAUGUAGUCUACUUUUUCCAUUUACAGUUGACAGGACUAAUGCUUGCUAGGGAGUUGUCUAGAUAAUCAUUAAAAAACUGUACAGUUAGCAGAAAUCAGCUUCAGUGUGGGUUUGGAGUUGUUUUUUUCCCCUCCACAAAAAUGUUUAAAUUAUAAUCGAUGGUGGUCUUUAUAAAUGUAAGUGUUAUUAACAAACAAAAAUAUCUUGCAUUUCUUUAGUGGUCUGACUUAUACUUUAUUUCUCAAGAAAAGCUAAAUGAUUAUUUUUUGGUUUCUAUUUUUUAACAUUCUCUCUCUCACAUUUCACUCAUUUGUGAGUGAUCUAAAGUUAGGAUGCCCUGUCCGGUACUCCUCAUCCCACUAGAACUGAAGUCACACACAAUACACUGUCUGGCUGUUGAAUCCCUGUUGGAGCAAAGCGAAAAGGAUUUGAAAAAAAUUAACUUUCCGCUUGUCUUAUAACGUCUCAGUAGGAAUGUAAUGACGUUGUGGGAACAAUGUUAACAACCUUAGUAGGAGAAGAAAGACGGCUCUGUUCUACUGUUGGGGUAUUAGCUGGUGGAUCAUGAUGAUGAAUAAAUGGAUUAACUCAUAGGGAUGUACAUUGUAUACAUUUUUGUUGCUGUGGCCACUUAAUUGCAGCCGGAAAAAAAUAAAAUAAAUGCAAGCA